AUGUCCAUAUUUUUCGACUUCGACGUUGGACCCACUGGUAGAAGGUUUAGAAGGGCGGUAGACGGCGAUAAGUAUGAUAUAGAACUCUUUUGGAAACGGGAACAAACUGAGCCGCUGUUUGGUCCUAUCGAUAUAGCUGAAUUAAUUGAAUUAUCAGCUUUAUCUAUAUGCAUGAUAAACGAGAAUAAAGAUGUGGUGGGAAUCAUGGUAUUGUCCGAUCACCCCAACGUUGCGGCCGUUGAUCCCGCAGAUUGGGAACUCUGGAUCAGAAACAUGUUCAACCGUUACUACCUGUCUCGAAAUACACUUUUCGUACACUUCAUGUGUUGUACGGAUGACGUAAUAGACUACUUCGUUGACGAGGCAUUUGUGUCCAUAUUUGAUAAUGAUGCAUAUUUGAAGCAUAUAGUGCUCCUUGUACCUACAACGUGCCCACAAGAUAAAUAUUUGAAAUAUCCGAUUUUUAAGAAACGUUCCAUAUACAAAUAUGCCGCCAAAAUAUGCUGUGACAGCGAAAAUACACAGUAUCUAUUAACUGCUGUACGACAGGAGUUCUGUCCCAAAUUGAAGAUAAGGCGAGCAGUUGAAGAAGAUAAUGAUGAUAUUGUCGAUAUUCUAGACAAGAGUUGUCCGAAAUUGAAGGAGUUGUAUGGUGAAUACUACAUAAGCGAAAUAAUAGGCAGACAUCCAGAAAUGAACAGAAAAAUUAUUGUUGUUGAGGAUCAAGAACGAGCUGCAGGCGUAAUGUGUUUAAAUUCUGAAAUAAACUAUGAAAAACUUCAAAGUACAUACGAACUACAACCGUAUCACGGAUUGACUAAGGCUACACCACUCGAGAAAGAACAGAAAAAGCGCGGCAAUGUACUGCUUAGUGUUUUUGGGGAACCAAUUAUGCUUGGUAAAUUAGGUCCAUUUGAUAGGCUUUCAAAAUUGGAAAAGAGAUUAAUUGAAGACAUACAUUCAAAAGAAAAUCUAGUGGAUCACGAGCGGAAAAAAUCUAGCAAAGUGAAUUUUAAUCGUCGCAAUUCACGACGUAGUAUGCAGGAAUUGAUAAGUACACGAUUUUCUGAUGAUAUGAGCGACAAAAUGUAUGCAGAUUCACCCACACAAUCACAAACUAGUUAUUCAGUUAUUGAUUUAUUGGAAGGCGAUUCAUUCGAUUAUGAUAUUGUGAAUAUCGAUAAGAGCCUGUUGACAAUACCAGAGAUGCAAUCGAGUCAGCAAUUAUCCAAAGAUAUGACAUUCUGGCAGCGUACGAGACUAUCUAUAAUAAAAACUAGAAGGCAAAGUAGAAGUUCUGUAUUGAAAGCAAGAAAAAUUGAAGAGAAUGCCUCAACAGCAAUUAAUGGAGAACCCAAUGCAUUUAUGAUUGAAUUAUUUGGAUCUAGAGAAGAUAUUCAUGCGAGACAUUCGUUUGAUUUACUGGAAGCGGCAUUUGAAGCAAUGAAGACCUACGAUUAUUGUUUAAUUCGCGUACCUUGUGCUGAUAUAACGAUACCACUGUUACAACAUUUUAAUUAUGUGCCAACAAAACCAGAUGUUUGCAGCAAAUAUGCACUGUUUAUUGCUCAUAGAUCUUCAGUAUUGAGCAAAUUACGGGUACGAGAAGCAGAUCUGGCAGAUAUACCACAAAUAGCCCAGCUUCUACAAAACGUAGAUGCAAAAGAAACACUCUGGACUAUCGAGGAUAACCUGACGAGAGAAAGAGACAACAAUGCAUAUGUAUUUUUAAGCGGUUUCACAAUAAUUGGAGUGGGGAUAUUAGAAUCUCCAGAACAAAUAAAUUACAUGCGUGCAAGAUACAAUGUCGAUUCAUUCCACAUCCACAAGUAUCAUGUCAAAGGGCAAACAGUUGGCAAUGGUUUUGCCACCCUGAAGACAGUGAUGGCAUACCCUGUGUUCAGAGCGCAUUACAGGUUCUUUGCUAGGGAUAUAAUGCGUCUCUCGGGUACCACUGCAUUAUUAUGGCUAACUGCGUAUAGGAAUAAAUGGGUAGCACAUAAAGCAAAUACCAUUGCAUCAGCUAUGGUUCCAUUGGUACCUAGAAAAUCUGAAGUAGAUUGCACAGUAUUAUCGGAGCUCAAGGAAAUUAACAGCUUAUCUAAAAAUAUAAUGGCAUUCAGUACGUGGUUUAUCGGAAAGAAAUUGACAAGUGUGCCCACAGCUUAUGUGAAUACGAGGAUUGUUGUAGUUGGCGCCUCCAGUACCACCAUGGCGUUUCUCAACACUUUACUAUUCAGCGAUUCGUCAUCAUAUCUGAUGUUUACAAAUGUGACACUAAUAUCACCACAUGGCUUGCCUUAUAUUCGGCACUCGCAGCAUCCCGCCGAGAGGAUGUUCUCGAAAUUUCGUUGUAACUCUGACAAAUAUCUGAAAAGCGUGCCCUACACUUACUACGUGAAUAUUGUGCAUGGAACUGUUGUUGAGAUUAAAAAACAAGAAAAAUAUGUAACUCUAUCAAACGGCUCAGUGUACUAUUACGACAUGUUAUUUCUGUUAUUUGGAAAGCAAUAUCAGCAUCCAAAUUAUUUUCGCGAAUUAUUGGAAUGGGAGGAACAGCUCAAGUCUGGCAAAGAGCCUGUUUAUACUCGUUUAGAUGUACCCAAGCUCAGAGAUGAUAUGCAUUUCACCACAGACGACAUCCCUGAUAAUGUCUUUAUCGUCAACGAUAUUACUGAUGGUAACAAAGCUCUUGGUUUCGUUAAAAACUUAUUUUGGCAGAACUUUGAUUAUACUAUUAUUGUAUAUGGAGCAUCUAUAAAUGCGUAUAGUUGUCUUGCAACAUUACUAGAAAUGAAUGUGCCUCCGCAAUGCAUAGUCUUCGUAGAACCAUUUCCCCCUGAAGAUAACAAGAAACCUAGGAUCCCUGUGUUUUGUAAUGAAUAUGUCGAUCAGACUAUAAGAGAAAUGCUUAGCGAAUUAAACGUGACAGUAUAUGAAUCGUGUUAUUUCAAAUCGUGGACUGUUGAUGCGAACCAUAUUGUCACACACGUUGAAUUUCUGUCACACUUCAAGAAAAUACAAUUGGAAUGCUCUGCGUUCUUUUAUUAUGGAAAACGUGGGAUCAAUGCACAGGCUUACGUUGCGAUAAACAAGAGUGGUAUAGGUUACGAUGGAGGUAUUCUCAUUGACCACCAGUUUAGGACCAAGGAUGCCUCUGUGUAUGCGGCUGGCCCAGCCACUAGGUACUAUAGGAGAUACCACGCUGGAGCAUACAGACAUAAACACUAUAAUUCAUACGAAGUGGGGCAGAAGCUUGGUGAACUUAUUAGGAAUGAACUGGAUCCGCUUUUCUCAUCAAAACAAUGUACAUCGAAAAAACAUACCAAAAAUACAUAUAACAAUGUAUCCACUAGUAAAAGUGUAAGCUUCGAUGUAACCUCAAUUAAGACGGAGUCUUCGAGAUCUAGUGGAAACGCCAACAGUAAUAUGAUUCCCGAAUAUGAUGAUGACGAGGUAGAGAAGCUACCACUGUUCACGAGGCCUGUCAUCAUGUAUUACCAGCUUCCCGGAAGGUUGCAGUAUCUCGAUGUACGCUCACCGGGAGAGAAGUUACCGCAUUAUUACGUGCAAUCUUUGCAGCACAAUGGUUACAUCAUGGAGACUUUUAAAGGUGGUUACUUCAAAUUGCACCUCACCAACGACCACGUGGUCGAUGGCAUUACCUGUCUCAGCCCUGAGAAGUAUCCACUGGAGAACUUCAAAAACCUUUACGGGAAGUCGGCAGUUGUUCUGAAUAACGUUCAUUUGAGAUAUACCGCGAAGAAAUUAGAUAAUUUCUAUGAAUUCUUUCGAUCACCAUGGGCUUUCUUUUUGUAUGUUGAUCAGUCAGAUGAACUGCUUGCUAUGGUCAAGGAACUCUAUCCAAAGGGAUCAAGAAACAAAAGGACGCUACAAGAUGCUCUAUGUUAUCUUGGAGAUAAGCUUAGUGAUCCGUCAUUCGGGAAAAACACUAAAAUGAUUCUUCGGGAGAACUUCGAAAAGACGCCACAUGUAGAAGCUAUCACAGACUACGUAAUAGAGUGGCUAACAGGGAAUGACGUACUGCUUCCUCUGUACUCACAUCCAUGCCAUAGAGCAGAGUAUACUCACGACCUCGGCAGGCAUCCAGCAUUUAAAAAGAAGAAGACUAAUAUCACUAAAUUGUUGUCUAAAAUGUUGUAAUUAUAGAUGACGAUUAAAGAAUUGUCUAUGACUUGUUG